GUCUGAGUUGGUGUAAAACAAACAAAACAAAACAUAUCCAUCACUGUAACACCAUGAUGCUCCGUGCAAAUCCAACCGUACACGUGCCACCGUGGCCGAUGGUGAAUGAUCCAACGACGGAGAUCUUUUCUCCGUUAACCGCCACCAAUGCCGAUUACGAUCACUCUCCGUUAUACUUGCAGGAAGCGCUUGAGCAAUACGCUCCCUCCGACGCCGAUUCUGACCCGGGUCGUGACUCGGCGGAUGUGUACUCAUUCGACCAGUUCCGCAUGUUCGAGUUCAAGGUCCGGAACUGCGCACGUGGCAGGUCACAUGACUGGACAGAGUGCCCCUACGCUCAUCCCGGCGAGAAGGCUCGCCGCCGUGACCCGAGGAAGUACCACUACUCCGGCGCGUCGUGUGCUGAUUUCCGUAAGGGGAGUUGCAUGAAAGGGGACGCGUGUGAGUUCGCGCAUGGAGUGUUCGAGUGCUGGCUCCACCCUGCGCGCUACCGGACUCAGCCAUGCAAGGAUGGUACCAGUUGCCGGCGGAGGGUGUGUUUCUUUGCUCACACGCCGGAGCAACUCAGGGUGCUUCCUCAGCAUAGUCCCCGCCCCCGGAGCGUUGCGUUUGAGUUUCAAUCUGCAUGUGCCAAGAAGCUUCCGGCUUCUUCUUCUUCUUCUCAUGGUUCGGUUUCCCCGCCGGCGGAGACUGCAACUCCUCCGAUGUCGCCGGUGGCUCAGUCGUUAUGCUCGAGCUCCGUUGGUGUCAGUGAAAUGGUGGCGUCUCUGUGUAAUUUGCAACUGGGUAGGGUGAAGUCGUUGCCUUCUUCAUGGAACAUGCAAAUGGGGUCUCCACGUUUCGGAUCUCCUAGAGGACCCGUGAUCCGACCCGGAUUCUGCAGCCUCCCGUCGACCCCGACGCAAGUGCCACCGGGUCGUGGCAGUGUGAACUACUUUGAUCUGUGGGAUCAGAGGUGUGAGGAGGAGGAGCCUGUGAUGGAGAGGGUGGAGUCUGGAAGGGGCAUAAGAGCGAAGAUGUUUGAGAAACUGAGCAAAGAGAACUCUUUGGACAGUUCGGGUUCGGGUCAGGAAGAUGGGGCUCCGAAUGUUGGGUGAGUUUCGGAUCUUGUGAGCCCAUUUUUCUCAGGAUGAUUGUGAUUGUUCACAUUUUCUGUUAAGUGUGUAUAGAAGAAUGCAAGGAAGCAGGAGAAAUUAAGAAGAAGAUGAUGAUGAUUAGGAAUUGUAUGUGGGUUCAUUUUGGAAGCAGCAAACACUUGUUUGUGUAAAUAUCUUAUCCUCAAGAAGACUAAGAAUUGAUCUUCCUAGGUUAAAACUAUCCUAAUUCCUAAGCUUUGAUUUUGUAAUUUGUAUAGAUAGUAGUAUUGUAGAUGAUAUGGAUGAUAUGGUUCCCAUGUGUUAACAGUGUUUAUUUUCAUGUAAUCAUGUAACAUAUUUGAAA